UUCGCUCUUCGGGAUUUGGAAUAAAUCACUACACACCCAGGGUUCCCUUUCUGUUCAUUGUAGUUCAGGAUCUGGCCGCACGGCAAAAGAUGAGAUGACAAUCACGACAUUUGACAAACAUUCAACAAAUACCUCGCAAUGUCCAACUACCAUGAAGUUACUUCCCCCUCGCAUUUCCAACAGCUUUUAUCCUCUGAUCUCAAUCGGGUUUCCGUGCUCAAUUUUUGGGCAGAAUGGGCGGAGCCCUGCAAACAGAUGAACGCUGUAACUGUCGAGCUGGCGAACAAAUAUCCUUCGGUUUUAUUCUUGCAGAUAGAAGCUGAAGCACAAAGUGAUAUUUCGGAGUCUUUUGAUAUCGAAUCGGUUCCAUCCCUGAUACUGCUUCGGGGUCAUACACUCUUGCAACGCAUCUCAGGUGCAGAUGCGCCUGCUCUGACUACUGCUGUUGCUAAAUUUGCUUCCUCUCCUUCGAUCAACCCACUGUCCAGAACAGACCUCCCUCCGGCUAAAGCGUCAAAUACAGUCAUCGAAGUGGCUGACCCUUCGGAAGAUUUAGAAUCACGCAUGACCAGACUCAUGAACCAGAGCAAAGUUGUGCUGUUCAUGAAGGGAUCUCCAGACGCGCCAAGAUGUGGAUUUUCGCGGCGCAUGACCGGACUACUCCGGGACCAAAAGGUGGACUUUACGCAUUUUGAUAUCCUCUCAGACGAAGGCGUCAGACAAGGUCUCAAAAAACGAAACGAUUGGCCUACCUUCCCACAACUUAUCGUUAACGGAGAAUUUGUGGGUGGUCUGGACAUAGUGCAGGAAAUGGUCGAAAACGGCGAAUUUGUUGAGACCCUAGCAGUCUAAUCUCGAAUGAGACUACAACAAUGUAUGCGAAGAUGUUUUGUAUCAUUAUCUCAACAAGCUAUGUAUCCUAUUGACGUACAACAAUCAAGGAGCCGUGG